AUGGCAUCUUCUUCCCCCAUCUCCAUGAAUACACUCAGGAGAAGCUGCUUGAAGUCAAGCUCCAGAAGGAUUUCUCCCCCGUUCCACAGUCGAUCAUGCCCAGACACAGUCAACUUCGUUGUCCUUCCAGCUCUCCUCUCCUUCAAAAGUUGCACCGGCGUCAUCUCUGGCGGCCCCGCCGCAACCCAGCCGCCGGAUCCGUAUUUUCCCUCCGAGGUCCCGGGGAUCGACACCCCGCCGGAGUUCGAGCCCCCGCCGGGGAUCGAGCAGCCGACCUGGCCGGACUUCCCGGAACCGGUGACGCCGCCGCCUCCCUGGCCGGAGAUUCCGGUGGCGCCGCCGCCGGAUGUGAUCCCUCCUGAGGUCACCCCACCACACGUCCCCCACCCGGAGGUCCCCGACCCACAUGCGCCCCCGCGACCGCCAUCGGCCGGCGGAGGUACCGCUGCCGGCGAUGCCCGCCGCCGCCUUCGCCGCGCAGAGUAG